AUGGAUUUAACUGGUCUAUGGACGAACGACAUGGAGGUAGUUGAGCUAACUAUCAGAACAUCAUUAGAGAUGAUUGCUUUCCUAUCCAUAUAUGUCUCUCCUGACGCUAGAAUCACACAUGACUUUCGGCAGGGCUUGAUUGAUCAUGUGUCGCAUAGGGGCUUCUUGAUAAUGUGUGGGGACAUUAACGCCCACACUCCCAUGGGGGGCUCUCCAAGCACAAACUAUAUGGGCAACCAGUUGUGUCCCGCGGUUUUUGACAGCGGCUUGAUUCCUCUCAAUGACUCUGCCCCCACCUAUAUUUCUGUUCCUGGCCGACUUGCCAAUAAUUUGGACCUUGUUUUCUCUACCGCUGCACUAGCGACAGUCUCCACUGUUCGAGUCGGAGAUAAUAGUCACAACUCAGACCAUGCUCCGGUCUUUGGAAGGCUGGACACCUCUCCUGCUCUUCGCUGCUCCUCGUCCUGCAGAUUCAGCAUUAAAUUGAUGGAUUGGGGCCUGUUCAAUGAGAAAAUGGAGGGUCUUAUUCCGAGCCUUAGAUCUGAGCUAGUGAAUGGAGCUAUCCCUGCGAACAUAUAUGACAGAUUUAUUAGUGCGGUCUGCGACUCCCUGGAAGCAUGUGGGGCCUACAGGCCGGACUCUCCUAGAGGACAUAGGUCCAGGCAACCUCUCAGGUGGAAUGCCGAAUGCAAGAUGAUCCAGGCUGAAAGGAAGUUGGCAGGAAAGAGAUUUGUGGCCAAUCAGACAGAUGAAGAAAUGGAAACAUAUAGGAGGGUUGACUGCUUUGGCCUCUCGAGCUGGACAGCCUUACACAGGGAUAAUUACGGACCCUUAUUCUUCGGCCAUUCGGGAAUUGCAAGAGGAACUGGUUCGCUCGGACAUUCCUCCUCAGCCUUUUUCCUGGAAGGAGUUUCGGGUGCCCUGUCUUUGUGCAAGGCUAAGUCAUCUCCCGGAAUGGAUGGUCAAUGGUAUGUUCUGCGGCUCUUCUUUCCCGGAAUCCUGGAGGACACUCGUGUACACCUUAUCCCUAAACUAGGUGGUAGGGGCUUCAGGCCAAUAUCUCUAACACCAACUUUCUUCAAGUUAUUCAAAAGAUUGACCCAAAGGCGGCUGAAAUUCUUGGCGGAGGGGAAUGACUGGAUCUCAGAUUUUCAGUUUUAUUUUAGAAGGGGCAGACCAUCUAUGGAUGACGUGUCCUCCGUAGUUUCCGACAUCAUGAAGGGUUUUGGAGGGGGUAAGGGCACGUUGGAUCUUGCUCUUAACCUUAAGGGUGCGUGUAAUGCGGUUUUGCCCGAGCCUCUGAUUGAUGAGUUGAGGGGCUUGGGGGUUCCAACAAGGCUGCUCAAUUUAGUCUCCUUUUUGGUUAGCCAGCAGAAUUGCUUUUUCUCCUCCGACAGAUCCAAACCAAGGCCCUGUGGAGUUGGUGCUCCCCAAGGGGGAGUCCUCUCACAGCUCCUAAUUUGGCUAGUUCUGAGGAGGCAACAUCUGCCAGACGGAGUAAGCGUGGCUAUGUACGCAGACGAUUUACUGCUUUACGUCACCAGGAUUCUGGGGCAGGAGGCUUUCGAGCUUCUGGAAUUGGCUUGUGAGCAACUGACCCCUUGGCUGGAGAGUCUGGGGCUCUCCAUUACGAUCCCAAAAUCACAACUCUGUCUAGCGAGGAAAUUGGAUGACUUGGCAACCGCAACAUGUACUAAGGGUUUCAGGGUGAACCCGGAAAAGGUCAACCUAUUGGCUGCCUAUGGCGCGAUGGGAGCUAACAUGGGAGCGUUGGAUUACUUGGAUCGUCUCUGCGGGACCUUCGAGAGGUCACAUCUGCACGGGGCAUCAUUUUACAAGGAUGGGUUGGAACCUUUCGGUUGA